UGCAUGAGGUUCUUGGCCGUCGAGAGCUGUCGUGGGCGUGGUUCACAGUGCACAUUCAAUUACCGGGGCCACUUCCGUCCGCAGCAACUCCCUGCAAUUGUGAAAGAGUUCAUUGAGGCCAACUACGGCGGCCUUAAACCGGAGUUCAAAGACCUGUGAAGGUGCUCGGGCGGGGAGUUCUCGGGGGCGAGGUGUGCGGGCUGGGUACUUACCCCCCCACGAUACUGUGAUUCAUCGAGCCGGUGCAAAGUGCUCUACCAAGAAUUCUGGUGCCGGUGUAGUCACUCGCACAUCGCAGCUGCUGCACUCUCGUUCGCCAUCGUCAACGGUAGUACCGGCGCCUAUUCCGGUGCAGAUGGAGGCGCUGCACUCCACGGACUCGCGUACGCCUCCGCCUUCGGUGCAGUCACGUCUCCUGUCUAUGCAAUCAAAGAUGCCUCCGUCGGCGCAGUCAAAGUCGCCACGGUCGGCGCAGUGUUGGGCGUCACCGUCGGCGAUGUUGAGGCCGUCGCGGCUGGAACAGUCAACGGACGACGCUACGGAUUUCUUGCACACGAGCUCACUCGCUCAGCGCUACGGGAUUGACGCUAGACUCAGCCAAAUUCGCCUACGUAAGGCAGCUGGAGCACGCGCACUCCGCGCUGCUUUAGCCGACUACGGUAUCUCGGCCCCAGCUCCUUGUCCCACUACUUGUUCGUCUGCUGCCGCGGGGCCACCGCGCUAUCAGCUCGACCAGAACAAACAAGCAGCCUACAGUGAGUAUUUGCGACGGUCAGGCACGAGUCUUGCUGAUUUUGUUCGCCUCUUGCGUGGAGAGCGACCCUCCUACCCCGGACCCAACAAGGCGUUACAGGUGCCAACCAACGUUCCUGCGUGGAAGUCCUAUCGAUUUGCCGCCCAAUGGGCAGCUAUUGUCCGGCAUGGCGUCAUGCCAGAGUGGGAAGAGAUCCCUCCCUCGCAACAGACGCCUCCACCAAACCACGGCUCGGCUCGCAGGGCGCUUAAUGCCUUGGUGAAGAACAUCCGGAAGGGUCAAGACGAGGAUCGCUACCUCGUCCUGGACGUCGAUCUACUCGAACGCCUGGAUGGCGUCUUCUGCAGCCCCUUUGGUGCUGUGCCAAAGGACGACAAGCCCCUGACGGAGGACGCGCGCGUGAUUCAUGAUCUUUCGUUCCCCCUGGGCGAUCGAUAAACGACUUCACUGUCCUGCAAGACGACAUCGACAUUCGCUACGACGGUGCUCGGGCUAUCGCAUCUCGCAUUGAAGAGGUGGAGCGCGACUUUCCUGGCCUGGCUCGCAUGAUGUUUGGCGAUGUCAGUGGUGAGUUUCGUCAUAUCCCUCUCCUCGCGGACCACUGCUGCAAAUUUGCGGGCACAAUUCCUGAGUUGGGCGUUCUCGUUGUGGAUCUGUGCUGUCCUUUUGGUUGGCGCAACUCGCCCGCUUCAUACGCGAUCGCGGGAGGAGCGAUCAAUCAUUUGUAUUCUUCGUCCCGACCCUCUUGGCCAGGCCAGCCUGCACAUGCAACUGCCGCCUUCGACGGAAAGGUUUGGUGCGAUGACCACAAUUGUGUGGAGCCCGAUGUCGGCACCCGCCUAGCGGAGGCAGAAUCAGCGCUUCGGACAUCUAUGGUUCAAGUACUUGGUCCUUCACCGUGCAACGAAGACAAAUUCACUGGCUGGUUUCGUCAAGGCAAAGCGCUGGGACUAGAAUGGGACCUCAGUCGCCGCACGCUCUCUAUUCCAGCUGCAAAGAUCGACAAAGCCCGUCGACGCGUGCGAGCACUCCUGGAUCGACCCCGUGCCACGCGGAGCCAACUCAACAAGCUUAUGGGCUCGUUGCGCCAUGUUGCUACAUGUGUCCGUUCGGCGGCCCCAUUUUUCCAGCGGCUGGCUACCACUCAACGUCGAUCGCCGCGUUACGGCGCCAUCCCGUUUUCCGAAGGUGCCUGUGAUGAUCUUCGGUGGUUUCUGGCAAUUUUGUCCGCAACAGCCCUGAAUUCCGUCCCGCUCGCGCGGCUUACUAGUUCUUAGCACGCAGCGGUCGAGAUCUUCAUGGACGCCAGUGAUGUCGGGCUGUGUGCUAUCUAUCCUGCUCGGCGAGAAUUUCUACAAGUCCGCUUUGAUGAAGACGAGCUUUCAUCUAUUCGGGAUCUCAAGGCAGGACGCCCCAGCGCCUUUGGCAUCAACACGCGCGAGCUGAUGAGGGCAGUUUACGCUGCACUCAUUUGGGGACCUCUUUGGGCGCAGGCUACCGACGACCACGACGUGCAUGUCCUGCUGCGGAUCGACAAUGCCUUGGCUGUGGCCUGGAACAACAAGAGGGCAUCCCGAAACACGUUCGCCCAGCUUCUGCUUCGGGUUCUCGCUCUACAUGAAGCUCGCCACUACUUCUACGUUUCUGCUGCUCACAUUCCUGGUGUGGAGAACGUGAUGGCGGACGCCGGCAGCCGUGUUUGGGAAUCGACGACCAAGCUUCGGCAAUUUACUAAUAUGUGCUCUGGUUGGACGCAGGUUCAUGUCCCGCCGAGCUUGCGGAAACUCUCGCAGGUCUGGGAGCGCUGCUCCGCGCGGGAGCUUUAGCCGAGUCGUCGCGUGUUGCCUACUCCCGCGCUUGGAAGCAAUGGCUGUCAUGGUGUGAAUUUAUGAACUACUCUCCGUGGCUCCCUCGCGAUGCAACGUCUGCGUCCACCGCCCAACUUGGUGGAUUCGCCGUGUACCUUUGGAAAUUCGCGAUGAACCGCCGGCAACAAGGCAAUUCGUACGGCACUAUAUGUGCGAAGCUGUGCGCCGUGGUUCAUCGAUCCAGAACACUAGGUCAGCUAGCGCUUCUUUGUCGACGAUAGCGCGGAGCGUCUUCUGGCGGAGGAGAAACUUUCGUGCCGCUGUGACCACCGCCCCGACAAACGACUGAUAAACCUCUUCGACAAGAAGAGCCAGAACAUCCAACGCGGCCAGUAUAUCAUCCAUGUGCUCAGCUUCAGGUGGAGAAGGAAGACUGUUGCUGCUGGAGAAGUCGCACAUGUCGUAAUGUCUUAACCGUUGACGUCGAGAACUCACAUCCAGCCGCCCGAAAUGCAGAAUCGAUAAUCCUCGUGUUCCAAAUUCCCAAGCGUAGAAUCCCUUCAGCACAGCCGGAUGAGGGAGGAACGCCAGCAGCUCGAUUUGGGCCUGAAGUUGCUCUACAAACAGUUGAGCGUUCAUAUAGGCGUACGUACCGUUCACAAUAGCGUAGUGUACCGUAUUCUGUAGCCGUGACGCCCGAAAUUGACCCUUGCCGACGCUGUCUGAUGCUCCAUUGUCCAGUAGCGGCUGGUGCGUUGACAUUGGAAGCCUCUCCGACCCAAUUGUCAGCCGAGGACGUGCCCGCGCACGGACACCGAAAUCCAUGAGAUCGUUUUCACGUGCUCGCUUGGUAGUUUCUCGUGCUGCAGAAGUAACAUCCGCCCGUGGUACAUCGCUGGCGCUGGAGUCGCUGUCAUCAUCAGAUUCUUCGAGUAGGCUAGGUUCACCAGUGUUCCCUGCUGCCCGCUGCCUGCGGUUGCCCACGCUGGUUGCCGCUGGCCGCUGCUCGUGACCACUCAAGCGGGUUGCUGCUGCCCGCUGCCCGCUGCCCGCGGGUGGCCGCUGCCGGCACCUCCGUGGUCGCGUCAGCCGGCGAAGUCGUUGCGUCCGGUGUAAUGGGCUCAACGAAAAUUGAUUGGCCAAGCUCGAUUGAGGAAGGGACCCUACGCCGUCCGCCAUGGUAGAAUGUGAAGUCCAACACAUAUUUAGCCGAUACUUGAGACACUUGCAUGCUGGAAAUGUCCAACAAUGAAACGACCCCUGACUCGUCCACAUUCUCAAUCUCGAGCUUGUUGCAGAUUGUGGUGACCGCGCGCACAGCCGAACGUCCUCGCCCGUGGAACAACUUGUAAGCUGCCUCGUGAAUAGAGCGCAUCUCGGCUGGCAUCACGGAGAGAGUUGGCUUCCCUUCGCACAACCUCAUCGCAUAGGUCUCCGCAGCCAGUUCUUGCAGGAGUCCUUGGUCGUAGGUGAAUUCGAAGCUACC